UCCCCCAAUUUGAGUUUGUUAAUGCAUUGGUGAUGAAUCAUGGUUCUCGUCAUUAUCCACGGGCUCCUGGCUUCCUUGUCCUUAUAUAUGCAUCCAGGAGCCAGAGAUGGCCACACGCUUCCAGGAGAAGAGCCUUUCCUUCCCUUUCCUUAUCGUAUCACAUCUAAUAGGGAAAUUGCGCUCUUCACGGCAGCGAUGGCCUCGUUGUUGUUGCACUCCUCGCUUCGCCGUCUUCGUCUUACUUCUCCAACCGUCUCUGGAGGUGUCAAGGCGUACAGCCAGGUGGUCACAUCGGAAGGAGUAAGGAGAACCAGUAGCGGCGUUGGAGCCAAAGCAAGAUCUACAGCCGAUGAGUUUGAUAGGCUUCACGCUGAGAAGAUGGCAAAGUCCACGAAGGAGAGAGUGAAGGUGGAGAUAAGGCAACAUGCAAUGGAAGCUGCGGGUAAAAAUCCUCAGAUAUCCAAGGAGAAGGUGAUCAAUGACAUAGAAGUAUGAAAUGGAGGAACGAGGAUUUCUCCCUCUUGUUUACGGUGGUGGCCUUCUCUUGGCUGCUCCCUAAUGUUAGCUUGAGAUUCGAAACAUAGUGCUGGUCAUUCUCUUUGAUGUGGCCGCCCUUCUCCUUAGAAAGUCUUUGUGUCACUGUUAAUUGUGUCGUUGUGUUUAGGAUCUUGAGUUUGCUGUUUUGUCAUAUGGUUUUGUGACGCUGUAAACUUCCAACUCACUGUGAGAAGUUUGCUUUAAUAAUAUUGAAAUCAUCCUUCUCUGUCUGGCCGAGAGGAAGGUU